AGAUUCUGUGAAAUGAUUGCGAAAAUGUGCGUUUCAGAGACGGGCUUUGGUUCGUUCGUGACUCCAAAUAUGGGCCAUAAUUCAUAAGCCGUAAGGUGACGGGCUCCACCGUUUGGACUCCACCCAUCCAUCACAGUAUCACACCCAAUAGGGCCCAACCCACUGCCUCGUGCCUCCACCCUCCAGCGACGGCGGCCAUGCAGGGCCGUCUCCGCCGCCUCCUCCGCGCGCCGCCGCCCAGAGCCCGACUCUCCCGCGUGCUCUCCUCCUCGCCGCCCGCGAGCAGCGGAGACGGCGAUGGCGGCGGGGUGGCGGUGAAGCAGGUGACGCGGGGGAACCUAGCGGAGUCCCUGGAGGAGCUGCGGGGGCGCGUGCGGGACGCCGCGUUCGUGGGGCUCGACCUGGAGAUGAGCGGCGUCACGAGUGCGCCGUGGAGGGACACCUUCGAGCUCGACCGCGCCGACGUGCGGUACCUCAAGCUCCGCGACUCCGCGGAGCGGUUCGCCGCCCUGCAGCUCGGCGUCUGCCCCUUCCGAUGGGACCCUGCCAAGUCCGCCUUCGUCGCCCACCCGCAUAACUUCUUUAUCUUCCCUCGCAAGGAGCUCCCAAGUGAUUGUUCAACUCAUGAGUUUCUUUGCCAGACAACUUCAAUUGACUUCCUAGCAAAGUACCAGUUUGAUUUCAACACAUGCUUCCGUGAAGGAAUAUCUUAUUUAUCCAGAGCACAAGAGGAAGAGGCACUGCAGAAAUUAAAUUUGUUGUAUCACAAUAACAUAUAUGCAUCUUCCAUCACUUGUGAAGAGGAUGGAGAUAUGCCAUUAAAAAGUGCUGCUGAUAUCCUUUUCACGGAGAGGAUGAAGAUUAAAUUCAAUGAGUGGCGUGAUGUGGUAAUCAGCAAGCCGAGAGUUGAUAGCCAUUUGCCAGGAAACAUUAAUUGCAGCCAAGGCCAAUUCCAGACAGUUUUCUUCAAAAUGCGUCCAGCUGUUAUGCUUAAUGGAUUCUCAUCACAUCAGUUAAAGUUAAUUCAACAGGUUUUAAGAAAAAACUUCAGGGAUCUUGUUUAUGUUUGUACAUUUAGUGAUGAUGACACUUCUGAGAAGAGAGUUGUUUAUUCAGACACCAAAGAGGACAAAAUAAUGUUGAUGAAAGAUGUGCAGGAAGAUCUACUAAGAAGCAGGGAAGCAAGAGUCAAAUCAGCAAUAGGAAUCCGCCACGUCAUUGAUCUUCUUUCAUCAGAAAGGAAGCUGAUUGUUGGCCAUAGCUGUUUCCUAGAUAUUGCUCAAGUGUACAGCAAGUUUAUUGGUCCUCUUCCUUCAUCCAUGAAGGAAUUUGCCUCAGGCAUCCACAAAAUUUUCCCACACAUUGCAGAUACCAGGCAUCUCAUGUCUGCAAAUCAAACAGUUCAGAAUGUGAUGAAGCAUAAAAGCAAAUCAUUGUCUUCAGCUUUCUCAUUGUUGUGCCCUACACCUUAUUCAUCUGCUGAUAAAUCGUCCAGCCUUUGUCCUCUAAGAAUUGAAGUUGAAGGAGAUGAAACAACGUCAUCGUGCUUCAUUUCAGGUGGUAAGCACGAAGCAGGGUAUGAUGCAUACAUGACUGGAUGUGUUUUUGUGCAGUUGUGCACUUAUCUUGACAUCAAAUUUGAGCAACUGUCACCUCAGGAGAACCUAGCCACAAACAAUAAGAUGCAGAAACACAUUAACUUUUUGUCGCCUAGCUGGAACAGCGGAACAGUGGUUGAUUUAAGUACUGGCAAGGAGAGACCAGAUCCAGGUUAUAUGCGUAGAUAUCCUGCUCCUGUGUAUGACAACAUUGUCCUCAUCUGGGGAUUCCAGUCUAAGGUCAGAGCAAAGGAUAUAAAGGAUUGCAUCUGCAAAGUGUUUGGUCCAGCAUCGGUUAUGUCAGUCUUCUCCAUUGAUUCAACUGCUGUUCUCGUGCAGUUUAGUAAACUAGAGUCUGUAAACGAUUUCUUGGAUUUGAAGGCUGUUUUAGAGAGGACAGAUAGUGCCAUCUCAAUUCUACACCCUCUGUCAACUAUAUUGGAAGGAGGUCAAACACGAGCUGCUAAGUAUGAUACCUACAGAGACAUUUGCAGCUCUUCUGAAUCAAAGUUCCUCUUUGCGGACCAAGCUGAAGCGGUUUGUGCAGCUUCAAAGAAUCGGCUCCAAGAGAAUGUUGAUGACAAUUUUAUAUCUGGUGUACACGAGACUAUUCUUGACGGCAAAAGACUAAAUAAGGGAGAUGGAAGGAAAUCUGGUUCCAAGAAUCAAGACGACAAUGAUAUCUCAUGUCAGGAUAUCUUAGAUGCUCUACACGAUGGCAGAGCGUUGUUUGGCAAACGAAUGAGAAGCUGAUGGCUGCUACUAUCGAUCUUUUUCCACAGGUUAUUAGUCUUUUGCCAUUUAUUUGAGUCUUACUGCUCUGAGUAACUGAUGUUUUGAAAUCAGUAUUGUCUUUAGGCACAGUGCUAUCCGCAUUCACUCUGUGCAAGCUUUGCACUACAUCUGUACUGAUGCAGGGAAGCAUUCUUCCUGAUCUGAUUUACGAGAAUGACUGGUACCUUA